AUGUCGCGAUUUCAGACUGGAUGUACUGAAGCUAAUCCUACUCCGCAAAUCCUUCCGGUGCUCAUGUCGCUUGAGAGCAAGCCAAUCGUCUCGAGUGCAAAGUUAUUCGGUCAAGACAUUCACUUGAGCUUUGGGUUGCCAACCAACGUUAGACACUACGACAUCAACCCACCGAUAGAAUAUAUCUGUCUGACAUUCUUUUCUCUUGAAUUGAGUGGGCAUAGGACAGACCUUAAAAAUAGCUCGCUUCUGUUCGUGAUGCAGAGAUGGCUAGAAGGCGUGCUAGCAGAGUCGCCUUCGGAAGUGCUUUAUCCGAUUGCGUCAGGAUCAAGUACAGGCAAAACAAUUACUGCAGCAACAGAAGAUGUCGAUUCGUCCGACGACAAAACACUUGAAUUGUGGCUAAGCAUUAGCAUUCCAGUCGUAUUUCUUAUAGCAUUUAUAAUUGUCAUGUACAUUUGCUGCAAGCGACGAAAGAGAAGGCAAGUUGAGUUCGACCUUGAGACGAGAUCACCGACAUUUCCUGGUCAUUUAAUAGGACGUCGGAAAGGAGGAUCAAUUAAUGGAAUGGUAUUGACUGUCGAAGACGAAGAAGCGCUCGCGUCUUGGAGAAUCGACGCCGAGACGAUCGUACCAAUUCGACCAUUAGGAGCAGGAGCUUAUGGUACUGUCUGGCUUGCAACAUAUUUAGGCGAGACAGUUGUGGUGAAGAAAUUAUCACCACCCAUGCCACCGUCUUUGCCACGUACGAAAUCGUGGCGUAAAGGUAGUCGACAUAGUCGUCAAGGUCUUAUCGGGACAAGUGCUAUAGCUAAUUCGAAUUCAAAGUCACGGACAAAGUCAAGGGGAUCUCAAGGUAAGAGUGCGUUGCCACGUUUCGUCGCUGAAAUUCGGUUCCUCGCGACUUUAAGUCAUCCAAAGAUUGUAGCAUUUUACGGUGUAGCGUGGACAACGCCACUGCGAGGGGACGCUAACGCUGGCUCGACAAAUGCGACAGACCUUCAGAUGGUGCUUGAGUUUAUGAGUGGUGGUGAUCUACGACAAUAUUUAGCACGUACUCGUAGUGAUGCACGCGCUCGUGCUUGGGGAUCAAAAAAGUUAUCAAUGGCUUUAGACAUUGCCGAGGCAAUUGCUUACUUACAUUCAAGACAACCAAAACCAAUUCUUCAUCGUGAUUUAAAAUCGAGUAAUAUUUUACUUGAUUCGACAUUUACUGCUAAAGUCGCUGACUUUGGAGUGAGUCGAUAUGGCAUUGCACACUCGCCAACUUUUGGAAGUGAUAGUGAUGAUAAUUCAAGUGAUCAAUUUGCUAUGACACGAUCAAUUGGUACAAGUCGAUGGAUUGCACCUGAAGUUUUAUCAGGAGAAGCACAAUAUUCAACGGCUGUUGAUAUGUACUCAUUUGGAGUUAUUUUAUCGGAAUUAGAUAGUCAUGAACUUCCAUUUUCAGAAGUUACAUUAUCAAAUGGACAACCAUUGCCAGAAGCUGCAGUAGUUGAAUUAUUGCGAACUGGAGCAAUUCAUCCGUCACUGUCGACACGCUGUCCACGAGGUGUCGCGGCUUUGAUGAUGGAAUGUAUGAAACUUGAGCCAACAUCACGUCCGACUGCAGUCAUGGCUGUAAAUAAAUUACGAAAACUUUUAGAGCGUGAACGUCGUGUAAGUGACAUUGGCGAUGAUGUGAGUACAAGUGACCAGAAUUCCUUUCUUGGUACACGUGAAGAUCUUGGAAGUUUUUACAGUAGCAGUGUCACUAGCUCCAGCGUAUCGAUCGAGCGUGGAUUUAACUACGCAGUUCUUGAAGAACGAUAG